AUAUACGAGUUGCACUAUUUUGAAAUCACUAAUAUAUCCCUCAUCGUUCAUUGUGGGUUUUUCACGGAUAUUCCUCGUAUUGUGAUGAUUUACGGGCAUCGUCAGUAGCAGGUUGAGACUAUUUGGUGUUUACAAGGCCCGGAGGAGAGAGAAACACUCCCCCCUACUGCCAUACCUAAGAAACAUAUUCGCUAAUAUCUCUUCGGCUCGUUUGGUGUUUGCGUGAAUGCUCUUCAAACGGACCCCGGAGAGCAGUCCAUCUUCUCCUCGGGCUCUUUUCUCCUCUUUCGGCGGGGUCUCCCGGGGCGGACCCCCGGCAUGGAGCGGCCGUAGCGGCAGCGAGCUCCGCGGCGACAGCUCACUGCGUGGCGGCUUCCGGUGUCCGUCCGUCUGCUGGAGGAUGGCGUCCGGCUUCAACCGCAUCCCCGCCACUGCCGGUCCUCCGAGCCCCAAAUACACCCAAGGUUGACGACCCAACCCCGAAGGAAGGCCGGCGAAACCGUCGUUAAGGGGCUGCGAUUUCCUCAAAGAGAGUGUGAACACUGAAAUAACACAACUACACUCAGUGUGCCGGGCACCAUCUUUUUUUUAAAGCUAUUUUUUAAAAAACAACAUCCACCCUUUUUCAGUUUAGUGCUGAAACCCCCCCCCCAUCCGCUGAGAGCUGAACCGCUACAUGCGAAGUGGAACGAUGACGGAGGCGUGGCAACAGCAACAUGCGGUGGCUCCACCCUCGGUUGUGCACACGCUCCCCCAGGGAGCGGACAACCCUCUGGGCUGCACCGUGUACGGAGUGGUCCUGCAGCCAGACGCCUCACUGCAGCAGGCGCAGCUCGGCCAGCAGCACGCCGUUCAAGCCCAGCAGCCCUCCUUGCAGGUAGGGGGCGAGAGAGGGCACAAGUGCGGAGCCUGUGGCCACGACAUAUCUCACCUGGCCAACCCUCACGAGCAUCAGUGCAUGGUGAACCAAGACCGCUCCUUCCAGUGUACCCAGUGCAUGAAGAUCUUCAGCCAGGCGACGGACCUGCUGGAGCACCAGUGCGUGCAGGUGGAGCAGAAGCCCUUUGUGUGCGGCGUGUGCAAGAUGGGCUUCUCCCUGCUCACCUCGCUGGCCCAGCAUCACAACUCGCACGGCAACGGGAACAACCCCAUGAAGUGCUCCAUCUGCGAGAAAACCUACCGGCCGGGUUCGGGGAACGUCACGCCCACCUCGUCGGCCGCCAACCCCCAGCAGCCCUCCACCGGGGAGACGUCCAGCGACGGAGCGGCCAUCAGCGCCUCGUCCCCCCCAUCGUUCGAGGCCUCGGCGCCAGACCGGCCCUACAAGUGCUCAGUGUGCCACAAGUCCUUCCGGCAUUUGUCGGAGCUGACCCGCCACGAGAGAGUACACACCGGCGAGAAGCCGUACAAAUGUGACACUUGCGACAAAAGCUUCAGCCAGUCCUCGCACCUGGCGCACCACCAGCGCACGCACAGCUCCGAGCGGCCGUACAAGUGCGCCGUGUGCGAGAAGAGCUUCAAGCACCGCUCCCACCUGGUGCGGCACAUGUACGCGCACUCCGGCGAGCACCUCUUCAAGUGCAACUUGUGUGAAAUGCACUUCAAGGAGUCGUCCGAGCUCCUGCACCAUCAGUGCCAGCCGGAGGGGGAGAGACCUUUCCGCUGCGGCUCCUGCGGGAAGAGCUUCAAGCGGCCGUCCGACCUGCGGCAGCACGAGCGCACCCACUCGGAGGAGCGGCCCUUCCAGUGCGAGGAGUGCCAGAUGAGCUUCAAGCAGCAGUACGCUCUGGUGCGCCACCGUCGCACCCACAAGAACCCGGCCGACCGCCCGUUCAAGUGCAACCUCUGCGACAAGGGCUUCCUGCAGCCGUCCCACCUGCUUUACCACCAGCAGGUCCACGGCAUGGAGAGCCUGUUCAAGUGUGCGUCCUGCCAGAAGUCUUUCAGCCAAUCGGGAGAACUGCUGCGGCACAAAUGCGGCGGCGAGGUGGAGAAGCCCUACAAGUGCGACGUGUGCGGCAAAGGCUACAAAAAGAACUCGACGCUGCAGCGCCACCAGAACUCUCACUGCACGGAGAAGCCGCUCAAGUGCUCCCUGUGCGACAAGCGCUUCGUGUCGUCCUCGGAGUUCGUGCAGCACCGCUGCGACCCCACGCGCGAGAAGCCCCUCAAGUGCCCCGACUGCGAGAAGCGCUUCAGGUACUCGUCGGAGCUGCAGCGCCACCGCCGCGUCCACACCGGCGAGAAGCCCUUCAAGUGCGCCAACUGCGACAAGAGCUUCAAGCAGCGCGAGCACCUCGCCAAGCACCAGAGCGUGCACUCGCGGGAGACGCAGUUCAAGUGCGUGUGGUGCGGCGAGCGCUUUGUGGACCUCACGGCGCUGCAGGAGCACACGGUCCAGCACACCGCCGAGGGGGAGAGUUUCCCCGACGCUCAGUGCAUCCCAUGAACCGAACUGCUGCUCAGUCCUGGGCAGCAGACAUGACACCCCCCCCCCGCCCCCUUGUAAAAAGCAACGUGUGCCAGCCUCCGCUCCCCAUUUGUAGUUUACAACACGCGCCCGAUAAUGAUGUUUUAAUUAUUUGUUCUUUUUUUUUUUUGUAUCAAGACUGAGUCCACCCUCAUCCUUUAGUCGAGUAAUCGGCAAAACGCCACAAACCCACAGCGGCGAUUAGAGCCCUCGUCCUUCCUUGGAAACACAUGGAUAAAAAAAAAAAAAAAAAACUUGAAACGGAGGGGAGGAGAAAAAGAAAUAAGCGAUGUGAAGAUCACAGUUGAGGAUCCGUUCCCCUGGCUGCAGGUCAUCGUUUGUUUUGUAGCUGUCCAUUCAAUCCUCUGAAAUCCAUGUGCCUUUUUUUAUUUUUUACCGAUCACGUGGUCAUCUUGUGUUUUUGUUAAUACUUGUGUCCAGUUUAGCUGCCCCUCCUUCUCUUCCGUAUGCAGUGGCUGGCUUGUGCAGCAGUAUCUUUUCACAUUCUAGACCUUAGGUAGUAUCAUCUGUUUGUGCAUGAAUAUUUAUCACACUUUAAUAUCACUGUUGUAUUAUAGGUUUGGUUUAUUUAGGAGAAACAUUCUAAAAAGAAAAAGUGGAUUUGUGAAAAUGUAUAGCCCGUGUCCUAUGAAAUCUGUGUUGUCGCAUCUUUGUAUUAAAAACAAAUGACAUCUAGGUAACUAACCAAACCUAUCAUGUCAUAUGAACACUUGACAUGUGCAAUAGAACAUGCACAAUGUAAUAUUUAUGACUACUGAUUCAUGGCAUAGUCUACUCUGUUAUAUUAUAGAUUGUGUGUAUAUGCUCAUGUAAACAUUGAAAGACGGUAUAGUGCUUAUGUUACCUGCUUUUGUAUUCACUUAUGAAUGAGCUUGCAGUAUUUUGCAAGUACUUUUGGUUUCAGUACCCAAUGGAUUAUUACACGGUUUAACCUUGACCACACUCACCUGCCACAAACUAGCUGCAGUAGUUACUGUGCGAUAUAGAUCUAACAAAAGUAAUAUUCAUUUUUUUUAUUUAUAUAUAUAUAUAUAUAUAUGUAUUUUUUAAAAAUUGGCGUCGCACUUCCUCACAAGUAUCCUUCUGGUUCUGGCCCAAAUCUGCAAAUUCAUCAGAGUAGCUUCCGAAGUUGCGGUUCAUGUCGGGGGCGUAAAGUAAAUCACGUGUGUACUCCGUCUUAAUGUGUGGAUUUCUACAUUCACAAUAUUUGCAGUAUAUUUAAAAGUUUUUUUUUUUUUUUAACAACACGGCCCAUGGGUGAGGGCGGGGGGGGAUUUGUGCCACAGUUCAAGUCCCACUGAGUCCGCUUCAGGAAGCUUCUGUUAAAGGUGUUCUGAAGCGUUGGAUUUACACUCGUGGGUAUCAAUAUAGACUCCUGUUCAUACUGUAUACAGACCAUUAAAAUAAACCACCCUCAUGGAAAAAGGUGCUCAUGUUUUCAUCCCAGCCAGAUCGACCACAUGUACGUCUGUUGAUUCCAAACCAAUGACUGAGGAUUAUUUUCAUCAUUAAAAAUGAAUCAUUUUCAAGUGACGUGCAAUAUUAUUUU